AUGCGUCUUCUCAAAAGAAGAAAACCCACCAAACUCAAAAUUAUCGAUGGCAUGGGAAAAACCAUCUACAAACCUGCAGAGCAAACCGAAAUAAUUGCUGAUCACUUCGAACGUCAAUUUAAUCUGAACACUGACGAUAUUGACCCCUUUACAUGCACAUCAGCACCUCUCAAUAAGCCAAUCGCAGUUGAGGAAGUCAUCCAAGCUGCCAAGAAGCUUAAGAAUUGUCGGGCAGCUGGACCUGAUAACAUCAAUGCAGAACUGAUCAAGUAUGGCCCAAUACUACUCAUGGAAAAACUGACGACCUCGUUCAAUGAGAUGUUCGCAACCAAUGACCUGCUCCCACUGGGCUCAGGCACACUCAUCCCGAUACAAAAGGCCAACAAAACCUCCGGACCGGUGGAAAAUCUCCGUCCCGUAAUACUACUGAACACUCUGAGAAAACUUUUCUCACUCAUUACACUCGGUCGCAUAACCCGAACUGUUAAUGAAUAUCUCUCUCCCAGUCACAGUGGAUUCAGGGCUGGAAGAUCCACAGCUGAUAUAGUCUGGAGUCACAGAUGGCGCUGCGCUGUCCAGCAAAAAUUUAAAAAAUCUACGGUUAUCCUUGGUAUCGAUAUGUCAAAGGCUUUUGACUGUGUCCGUCGUGACCUACUUAUCGGGGUUCUGGAAAGCUUCCUAGAGGUGGAUGAAGCUGAAGCUUCACUUUUACCACUUCAACUUUUAAAACAAGGAGCUAAUGAAGAGAAAGCAGAAACAGCCCGUCUAGAUCAAGGAAGUCUUGAGUCUAUUCAGAUUAUUAAAAAACUUGGAGGCACUUUGAGAGAUUCGUUUUUGGACGAUGGAGUUGCGAAGGGAGAAGCCUGUUCACUGGUUAUUCGAGGGGCUACACAACAAAUUAUUGAUGAAGCAGAUCGUUCCGUGCACGACGCUCUUUGUGUGUUGUACAGAACUGUGAAUGACACCAAGAUUCCAAGUGUGAUUGCUGACAAUGGUGGGUAUGACAGUAUGGAUUUGAUACACCAACUGAGAGCAGCACAUCGCCAGGGACUGUCAACCUAUGGACUAGAGACGUCUAGUCAGGAACAAGACAAAAUAACUUAUCAUGUGGAAAGAGAAAAUUGUGAAAGUUAG